CCAUUACUCUUAUUUGUCUCUCUCUCUUCCCAUCCCUUUUAAGUGUUCUCCCUUCUCUUCUCUCUCCUUUCACAACUUAACACUCACUCUCUUUCCCUCUCUAUAAUGGAGGAAUAGUGUUUAAGAGUGGGAGUAGUUUCUAGGUAUAUUUGCUCCUUUUCGUACUUGUAUUGGUUUCAGAGUUUCUCUUUUGAGAGGGUUUGUCUCGAAGUGUGCGCCAAAAGUUUUUAGUUUCUCAGUUUUGCUCAGGUGUUACUUCAGUGAAGAACUUCAAAUUCUGACCACUCGCAUUUCGCUUCUCUUUCGUCUUCACAUAAAGCUGUGAGAGAAGGUUACAUUCAGAGAAAUGAUGGAUCCCAAUUUCCAGGACGAGAUAGACUGCGGCAGCUUCUUCGAUUCUUUUGACGACUUGACUCAAUUUCCUCCCGAUAAUGGGUUUGGGCUUGGCUCCGGUGACCGGAACGAUUUUCGGGCCAUUUGGCCAAAUUCUUCCCAUUCUUUUCUGGGUCCAGAACCAAUUUUCUCCGGCACCAGCAGCAAUAGCGCUUCUGACCUCUCCGCUGAAUUCGGCGUUCCGUACGAAGACACGGUAGAACUUGAAUGGCUUUCAACUUUCAUGGAGGAUUCUUUCUCUGGUGGUGGGCUGACCAUCGGCAAAGAGAACUGUUCUGUCAACAAGGAGUCAUCCUGCAACCAAUUCCGAACCUCCAGUCCUGUUUCAGUCCUUGAGAGCAGCAGCAGUAGCAGCUCCUGCUCUGCAGGCAAGGCAAUGCCCCUCAGCCCGAUUCACCGUGGCCCUCAGCGUGCUCGCAGCAAGAGACCUCGCCCUGCAGCCUUUAAUCCCCAUCCGUGUAUUCCUCUUGUCUCUCCCAUUUCCUCUGUUACGGAGAUCCCUCAGCCCUUUGUUGCUCCUGGAGUUUAUUCAGAGUCGGAGAGUUUUGUGGAGUCUCAGCCAAUUAAGAAGAUACCAAACCUAGCUUCAGCAGAACACAAGAAAAAGAAAAAGAAAAUGAAAUUAUCAGUUCCUUUGGGUCCCUUGGCGAUAAAUCAAAAUCAGCCAUCUCAAGCAGUAAGGAAAUGCAUGCACUGUGGGAUAACUAAGACACCACAAUGGAGGGCUGGUCCAAUGGGGCCAAAAACCCUCUGCAAUGCAUGUGGUGUUCGCCACAAGUCGGGCCGGCUCUUCCCUGAAUACCGGCCUGCAGCAAGUCCAACAUUUGUUCCGUCGCUGCACUCCAAUUCCCACAAGAAGGUUCUUGAGAUGAGAAGCAAGAUCGACGGAAAGACCACAGUGCCCAGGACUGCAACAAUGACUCCAAACACCACCAAACCAGAGUCCAAUUCCAAGGAGUGAGCCUUUGUUUGGGUUCAUGUGAAGGAGAUCUGUGUUACUCUCAUUAUGUUAUUCUCUUACUGUUUUGCAUUUCUUUGUUCAUUUGUUCUUUGUACAGAGAUGUAAUGGUGAAGUUAGGAGCAAUAGAUGACAUAUUUUAGCUAGCAGAGAAAGGAAUGAAAUGAGAGCACUGAAAAAAAAAAGGGGUUAGAGAUGAGCGGAUGACAUAGUAUUCAGUGUUCCAGGUCUAGUGAUGCGUAGAUCAUUAAGGUUAAUAUAAGUAAGAUGGGGUAAGUAUUUUCUCUUUUUUUGUCUUUUGUUUUUGUUUUCUUCCCUUUCCUCCAUGGAAAUUCAUUUUGCAGUUCAUUUGUUGGUAGGAAUUUCUGAGAUA